AUGCUCAACCAGGCUACUAAAAGCUUCAGGAAGAUGCAUGCCCGACGCAAUCCGAAUAAUUUGACUGUUGGGUCCACGGCAUCGUACUCGCAGCUCAGUCCAUCCAUCACGUCGGCGACACUGCUGAGUCCCAAUGUUGCCUCCAGAAGAGGGCUACUGAGCCCCGAUCCGCCGCCGAGCCCUAGUCUCCCGUCACUGAUCCCGAGACAUGGGAAGAGGCAGCCGUCGACGAGCCACACAAGACUGGUCAAGCGGUUAUUAAUUGGCGGCUGUGGUGUUGCCAUCAUCGUUUGGCUCAUCUUGCGCCAUAUGUAUGACCAUCACCAGCAACAAUCCACAGAAUACCAGCAAGAUGCAGGGGAGUGGGAGAUAGUAGGAGGAAACCUCUUGCCUGAGGAGCCCUCAGCGGUGAUAGUGCAGGAUACGAAGGGCAAAUCCAGGUGGACGGUGUCGAUACCAGCGAAAUAUGAGUUCCCGCUGAAACCGCAACACUACCGCGAUAUUUGCGCGCAGUCGAUGGAGAUGCCGACCACGUUGCGUGAGGAGGCGCAGGGCAAAAGUGGCAUUGCCAGGAGAAUGCUGGGAUACUAUCAGAAAGAUCGGUAUUACAUCGGUAUUGGGGAUGCGGAGGCACAAGGAUUGCUGCCACAGUCGAAGGGCACAGAGAGACCGAAGGGUUUCGUCGAUGAUAGUGCUAUUGCGAGCAAGGAGUCUACGGAUGGACAGCAGGUUUGCGACAAGACUCUCACAUAUGUCAUGGAGACGAACGAUGCUGGCUUCGGUAACACGUUGAUGCGUCUGUGGAUGUCGUACGGUCUCGCAAUCGCAGAAAACCGAACCUUCUUCAUCGACGACACACGAUGGCCAUAUGGCAAGUAUUCUACCUUCUUCCUUCCCCCACCUGCCGCGGGCUGCCUCCCUCCUCCUCCUUCCCACAUGACACCCUGCCCGCACAACGCGCGUCACCUUGUUGUAUCCGGCGCAACCGUCACCUCGACAUUCGGCCACGCCUUCACAGAAGAAUGGGAAGACCCCACGAAGCAGUACGUCCAGCGCCAGCACAGGAUCUUCGCCCUCAUCCGCGCCGGCUACGACGCCCUUUUCAAGCUCCGCGCCGACGACUCAACAUACGUCCUCGACCGCGCGCACACGCUCUACGGCCCCGUCGCCAAAGACGGCGGCCUCAGCAUCGGCCUCCACGUCCGCCGCGGCGACAAGCACCCCUACGAAUUCCAGUUUCGCGAUGACUACAUCCCGCUAGACCGGUACAUGGACACCGCGCGCGACCUCUACAUCCAACGCAUCGAGCACGCCUCGCCCAAAUCCAAAUCACUCACCUCCCGCAACGCAGAUCACCCCCUCCUCGCACGCCACACCUCGUCCAAACUCGUCCUCGCCUCUGACGACCCCACGGUCUACGAAGCCGGCGAGCUAGGCCCAAACUCCCUCCGCGCACAGGACCGCAUUAUCCUCGCUACGAAAGCCGCGCUCGAAGCCGCGCAGGGCAAGAAGAACCCCUGGAUCGACGAGAUCACCGGUUGGGAGGGGGGCUUCUACCGCGAUGUCUUCUUCUCGCUCGGGCAGCCAACAGUGAACGCCGGGGAUAUUAAGGACCCGGCGGUCGUGCCCGAGGCGGCGUUGAAUCUCCGGGAGUUGGUGGGGCGCGCGUACCUGAUGGAUUUGGCGGUCGUUGGCAAGGCGGACACGGUGGUGUGCACAGUGAGCUCCGUAGGCUGCCGCAUACUAGCCGUGAUGAUGGGCUGGGAGAGUGCGUUUGUGAAGAACAAUUGGGUCAAUGUUGAUGGGGAUUUUGAUUGGAGGGGGAUUGUUUGGUAG